AUGCGUACUCUGUCGCUAGUUGCUCUAGGGCUUGUUUGCCUGCUGGCAUCCGUCGGUGGUUACGAGACGGAGUACGAAGAUGAUGUAAAUCGUAAUACCGCUUUGUCGGCGAACAUGAACAACUACAUCGACGUGGUGAUGAUCCAGGUGGGCCCGUGGAUGAACACUCAUCUCGUCCCCAUGGCGCUGCCCGAUGUGGUUGAAGGAUUCGAACAUCGCCCAAUUCUGAUUACGUACCACGGUGAGCUGGCACUAACGAAUGGAGUUUUCCACACCAUCCACAGCGUGGGCCGGAAUGGAAAUGCGAUGAUGCAUUACGACCGGCAGUUGCUGCGCGUGUCCGUCGGAGCUAACAUUCGACAGCUGGGUUUCACCUACGACUACUCCGCACACAUCAUGGAUCUCGGCCCGACCGGCUUCGUUGACGUCGAUGUAGCGACGAUGACUUUCACCAGCGAGUUCAUCAUCGACAUGACGGAUUUCUACAUCUGGAUGCAGGACUUCCGCCUAACCAACAUGGGCAAUCUAAGCAUUCGCUUCCGUGGUAACGUGCUCGUUGACUGGCUGGCCAACAUUUUCGUCAACAUCAUUACGACCAUUUUCCGCAACACGAUCACCAACGUGGUUUCGAACGGCAUUCACGACUUUAUUCAGGCCACGCUGGAUGAUAUGAACGGGCGGCUGCGUGGACGUGCCCUCAGCGAACAGGAAGCGGCGGUGUUGAUUGAAAAUUUGAAGAAAAUGCUUACCCAGUAG